CCGCACUUAAAAUAUUGCGCCAUCCCUCGUCAUUUACAGCCUCCUUCCCAAGAAACUAACCUCACUCCCUCCUCCUUAAAGUCUUCCUCUCUUUCACACUCUUCUUUCCAUAUUCAGCUCGACUCCGAAAACAGGCAGACGAAAGAAGUCUUAAUAACGCCUUGUCAUUUGGCUACAAAAUGCCGCUCAACUUAGCGGGAAAAACUGCAGUACUCUGCACAUUUUUGUGCGUCUCAGUUUCUAUUAUUUCCAUUGUUAAAGCUGAAGAUCCUUACAGGUUCUUCGAUUGGAAUGUUACUUAUGGUUUCAUCUACCCUCUUGGUGUUCGUCAACAGGGUAUUCUCAUCAAUGGUCAAUUCCCAGGACCUGACAUUCACUCUGUGACUAAUGACAACCUUAUUAUCAAUGUCUAUAACAGCUUAGAUGAGCCUUUCCUCCUCUCUUGGAAUGGAAUUCAACAGAGGAGAAACUCAUAUGAGGAUGGUGUCAUGGGGACCACGUGCCCGAUUCCUCCGGGAAAGAACUUUACAUAUAUUCUCCAGGUCAAGGAUCAGAUAGGAAGUUUCUACUACUUCCCAUCUCUUGGAUUCCACAAGGCUGCUGGUGGUUUUGGAGGAAUCAGAAUCCUCAGUCGGCCUCGAAUCCCCGUUCCUUUCGAUGAUCCUGCUGGUGACUACACCAUUCUUAUUGGAGAUUGGUACUUGUCCAACCACACGGACUUGAAGGCUGUAUUGGACGGGGGCAGGAAGCUACCAUUCCCUGAUGGAAUCCUCAUUAAUGGUCGUGGACGCAAUGGCUAUUAUCUUACUGUGGAACAAGGAAAAACUUACAGGUUGAGAAUAUCAAAUGUUGGGUUGCAAAAUUCCCUUAACUUCAGGAUCCAAAACCACAAAAUGAAGCUGGUCGAAGUGGAAGGAACGCACACUCUCCAAACUACCUACUCGUCUCUCGACGUUCAUGUUGGCCAGUCUUAUUCUGUUCUAUUUACUGCUGACCAACCUGGCCAAGACUAUUAUAUUGUGGUUACUUCACGGUUCACCUCUACAGUUCUCAACACCACUGGUAUUCUACAUUAUAGCAACUCUGCUGGUGCAGUCUCUGGCCCAUUCCCUGGUGGACCAACCAUCGAAGUUGACUGGUCACUGAACCAGGCUCGCUCUAUCAGGACUAAUCUUACUGCAAGUGGACCAAGGCCAAAUCCACAAGGCUCAUACCACUAUGGAAUGAUCAACACUACCAGAACUAUCAUAGUGGCAAAUUCAGCUGGUCAAGUCAAUGGCAAGCAGAGAUAUGGAGUCAAUAGUGUGUCCUUUAUCGCACCAGACACUCCCAUGAAGAUUGCAGACUACUUCAAAAUUCAGGGAGUUUUCAAGGAGAACGGCAUAACCGACAGACCUUAUGGUGGAGGGUUGUACCUGGACACAGCAGUUUUGACCGUUCCUUAUAGAGCAUAUGUGGAAAUUGUAUUCCAAAACGAUGAGGACAUUUUGCAGAGCUGGCAUCUUGAUGGAUACAGUUUCUUUGUUGUCGGCAUGGAUGGUGGACAGUGGACAACAGCUAGCAGGGACCAGUACAAUCUUCGCGACGCAGUUGCUAGAUGCACUACUCAGGUGUAUCCCAAAGCAUGGACUGCUAUAUAUAUUCCACUCGACAAUGUGGGGAUGUGGAACUUGAGGACAGAAUUUUGGGCACGUCAAUAUCUUGGACAACAAUUUUACUUGCGAGUUUAUACUGAUUCAACUUCACUCAGAGACGAAUUCCCUAUUCCAAAGAAUGCACUUCUUUGUGGUAGGGCAAGUGGUCGACGCACCCGACCUCUGUAAGCUAGUGCAUCACCGAAGGAGCCACCAAUUCAGCCGGGAAGUAUGCCUAGUUUUUGAGGAUAAAAAGUAGAGCCUUGCAUCUCAUCUUUGCUUGUGGGUGCUUUACUUAGGCUAAGUAUUGAAUGAGAAGCUUGUACGAGUAGAAUUCCUAAUGAUCUCAGCUCGAGGUCACAUUCUUUUCCAUUGAUGAUUGUAUUUUCUUCUAUAUUAAUUAAGUUUUUAUACAUUAUUUAUAGUCAUAUAAAGCCAGCUAAUUCUCGAAGCUGGCUUGGGUAAUUAAUGUUUGUAUCAUGCAGUAUAUCAGUUCACUUAUAAGUGUUUGAUCUCUUCUCUAA